AUGGCCGGCCAGCAGACCGGCUUCAGCAGCACCUCGCGCUGGUUCCGUCCCACGCCCGGCUUCGCGCCGCACGCGCCCGCCAUCAAGCACCGCUACGGCGCCAAGCUCCUCGGCGCCACGAUGUGGUUCUGGAUCCUCUACCGCGCCAAGCAGGAUGGUGCUGUGCUGCUGGGCUUCCGUCACCCAUGGGACGGCCAUGGACACGGCGACCACCACGGCGAUGGGCACGGCGAGGGACAUGGCGAGCACCACUAG